AUGUACGUCGAUAGAUUUACCGAUGAGGAAGUCGAGAAACUCCAUAACAUACUGUCUUGGUACCUGUGGUCGUCCAACUCCAAUCAGUUCAUCGACUCCAAAAAUGCCAAUUUAAAUGAAGGUCAAUUGUGGUCAAUGGUAAGAAUGUUGGACGAUCAGGACAAUGAUGGUGGAUGGGAACACAUCCCAACAAAGCAAGCCAAGAUUGCUGCGAUGCAAGAGCGGCGCCACAAAAAGGCUGUGGAAACACAGAAGCGUCGUGAAGCAGAGCAAAAGGAGUACGAUCUCAAACAAAAGAAGAUCAACGAGAUGUUUGCCGACAGUGCCAAUGCAUUCUCGGUGAACACCGGUCUACCUACCAAGUCGGUAAAGUCAUCGUACAACAAUCCAUGGGGUGUGCUGGAUGACGACGGUGACGGAAGUGACCAGAUCAACAAAUCCACCAAAACAAAGCAGUCUGCCGACUCUGGAAAACGUAUCGAAGAGGGUGGUUAUCUCUACACCUCAAAGUACAUCAAUCAACAGGAGAAGAAGAAACAGCAACACAUUCAAAAGCAACAACAGAAAUCCGCUGCCAACAACAACAAACAAAAGUCGAAAUCUUCUACCACCAAGAAACAACAGCUAACAAUUGAAUCUGCAAAGGAAUCUUUCCACUAUAAUAAAUACUAUGAAACAAUGAGAACCGUAGAGGCAAAGUAUCCAAAGACAAACGAUAUUCAGUUAAAGUAUGUAGUCGAAUGUCUCGAAGAGUAUUUUGGACAAGUAGAAUUAGAUUCCAAUGAACUAUCGGAGAUCUUACUUCAAAAGAGAACUGACUUCCCACUUUGUCACUUUGAUCAAAAGUUUGUUACAGAGACAGUCAACUUUUUAGAGAAGAAACCGAUCGAUAGUAUUUUACCGACGAUAAUGUUUUUGAUUAACACUUUGAUUUCGAUUCUCAAGCAAGAUCGUGAUGCAUUGAAGAGUAGUGGUCUCGGUCUCAUGGUAUUCCUUCAGAUCGUAUUCAAAUAUUUCAAAGCGGUUCCACUAUCGAUGUUGGACUACUACAAGACCAUAUUCAAUCCCAAUACAUUGGCAUCACUCAAACCAAACAUUGCAGCUCUCCAUCUCUGGCUUGCUGUGCAGUCGAUCUCCUCCUCCAUCCAGGCACCACUAGCAAUCUACUACACCGUCAUCUUCCCAAUCAAGCUUACUACACAUCUCAAGAUUCCUGCAUCGAUCAACGAUCUAUUAAAUCAAUAUUCAAAUGAUUUAUCUGAACAUAUCGAUGAAAAGAAUACAAAGACAGAGCUAAAUGAACAAACUAUUAAAUCUAGCUUGGAGCAAUUCAUUUGGGCUGUACAAAAGGGAAUCGUGUUGGAUUCAACUACUUUGGAGUUCGGACAACUUUUGUUGAACACAAAGACUUUGUUCUCAGCAAAGAAAGUGCCUCAAUCCUAUGUAACUGUACUUUUAACAAACACUGCAAUUGCCAAUGAAGAAUAUAGAGAUAGAAACAAGAGAAAGUCACUCUCAAAGAAUGUCGAUAUCAACGACAUUGAGAUGUGCUCGGCAACCUGCGAGAGUGUACUUCGUGUAUUCAAGCCCGCUUCGACAUCAAACAAGACCGCUUCAUCGUUCCUCGGUCCCCUCUUGGUGGUACCAGUAGUGAUCGCCACCGGUCUAUUCGCACGUCAGAUGCUCUGCAACUAUGAUCACACCGAUCAAUUACUCCAACAACUCUCACAAAAGCUAUUUGAAACUAAAAUUUUCAUGUUUUGGUUCUGCACAGAUGUUGAUAAAAGUCGUCUGCCGAUCGUUCUUUUUUUUCAUUGUGUUACAAACCAAAUUUUAGCAAUGACAUUGGCAAGUCAAAAUCCACCACAACCAACACUUACAAAUAGCAGAAUAGAGAGAACAUGGGACGAUUUGAAAUUCGUUAUUUCACAAGGACGUCUUCAUGAACUUGGCAGAAAGGAUGUCAUUCAAUCAGAAAUGAAAAACCACUCCAAAUGGGUAUCAGAGAACUACAAUUCGAUGAAAGACUAUAUUCUAUAUAAAAUGUUUGAUUUCGAAUUGGAAUCAACGGUCGAAGAGAACAACGACAACACUUCACCCAAUCAACUGCAUUCAACCAAGAAAAAGAAAGCAGUGAUUCCAGAUAUCAUCGAACAAAAGAUUGUUUUCAAGAAAAACGAUUUCCCAUAUAAUUGCGAAAAAGGAAUCAAUCACAUGGUACUGUGGUGUCUCAAACCAAUGACAGAUGAACAAGCAAAGAAAUAUAUAACUGAAAAUCUCAAUCUCGAAUUUGGCAAAGACUAUUAUAAAAGACAUAUUCCACUAUCAUGCGGUGCAGGUUCUGGAAUUGGUAGUGCUUGUUGGGAUUUGUUUUGUAAGGAGAAACAAUAUGAUUGGACGAAUGUCGACCAACACAACCAGUUGGUAGGUGAUCCAUUUUUCUCUGUGAAUGCAUCCGGAGAUAAACUAGUUCCUAGAGCAUUGUUUGUUGAUCUAUCAGAUGAUGUUCUAGCAGAUAUAAAAGUUGGUCACCAGCGAGGAUUGUUCAAUCACCAAAAUAUUCUUUACAAUCAUCUUGAAUCUGGUAACAUCUUUUCUUCAGCUCGCUGGAAUAAUGGAAACCACCUACAAGAACCACUAUACAAUAGAAUUCGCCAGUUACUAGAGCAAUGCGAUCGACCUGAAGGAGUACUUUUCACCCGAUCGGUUGCAGGUGGCACCGGUUCUGGAUUGACCAGUAUGAUAAUGUCACACAUUCAAAAUGAGUAUCCAAAGUUGGCAGAUUUCGAUUUCCCGAUAUUUUCUUUUGGCUCUACUUUAGAUCCAAUUGUGGAGCCGUACAACACACUAUUGUCUUGCGUCGACAUGCUUGAAGGUGGACUGACCAUUCCAAUAGAUAAUCAAUCGCUCUUUAGAAUAUGUCAAGAGAAAUUGGGUGUUAGAUAUCCAACGUUUCAGAAUCUAAACCGUAUUGUUGCUCAGGUUAUUUCGAUACUUACACUCUCCAAAAGACAUCCAUCGCCAGGCAAUAUCGAUCUACAGGAAUUCAUAACUGGAUUGGUUCCAUAUCCAAAACUCCAUUUCCUUUCGUCGUCAUUUACACCAUUCAUCAACAAGCAGAGUAAUAGCCACGAUCUACAAACCACUCAGUCCUUGACCGAUUCUAUCAUCAAUCCAUCCAACACGUUACUAGAUCCAAGAAAUGGUAAUCCAUUUGGUAAAAGUUUGUUUUUAUCAUGUUGUUUCUAUUAUCGAGGUGAUUUCAAUAUUUUGGAUAUAAGGGAUCAUAUUGAUCAGAGACUGAAGCAUCGUUUAAAGUUUGUGGAAUGGGCACCCAGUGGAAUCAAAGUAGGUGUCAACGGCAAAGCAAAGUGUACCCUCGAUGAUACCGAUAUUAUUGGUGAAAAGGCUGUCUGUAUGCUAGCGAAUUCUACAUCGAUUGCCAAUCUAUUCCAGAGAGUCGUUAAUAGAUUCAAUAUGCUCUACAGGAGAAGGUCCUAUGUCUGCCACUUUUUGGGCGAAGGAAUGUCUUCCAGAGAGUUUGCUGAAGCUGAAAUGAAUAUUCAUAACAUGUGUUUGGAUUACAAGGAAAUUGCAGAAAUCUAA